CUCAGUUUAUGUUUGGCAGUAGAACGGCGAGUAUUGAGAUUACGAAACUGAAGAAAUUCUAUAAUCUCCUAAAAACUCUGCUGCUGAAUACAAUUUUAUAAUAUUUGUCGUGUUUAGCGUACUGUAUAGCUCUUAUUAGUUCAAAUAAACCUACGUUAAUGAAAAAUUAAGAAGAAGUUAAGGUUAAAUUUGGCGGCAUUGCUCAAAACCACAAAAAUAGAUUUCUUGUGCAAUAUUGGGUGCGUAGUGUGAAGUUAUCUUGUAUUUAAAUUGAAGUGGAUCAAGGUUAAUAAACAGUGUGAGAUAUGUGCUGGAAAUAAGGUAAAUUACAGCAGCAGAAGAGUUUACAACAUCAAUAUGGAGAACUCGAUCGUUGGUGGUUUGAGAUCAAGAUCGCGAUCAAAGACUCCAUUCUUGCGGUCGAGUUGCGACCACGAGAACUGCACAGAAGUUGAGGAACAUACUCAUCAUAAAUCUGGACGGAGAACACCUAUCAAAAGGAGCACACCAAUCAAGCAACUGCAACAUAAUUCAAAGAAGAGUUCUAUAGACCCUGUCGAUGAGGAAAUUGAAGAAGUCCAGACAUCCCACAGGACCAGGCAAUCAACAAGAUCAGAGAAACUCAUAAAGACCUCGGAUUACUCUUCAGAAGAGAGUUUGGACAGACUGAGAGGGCAUAGGAAAGAAAUUAUACAGAACGAGCUAAACAGCCAGUAUGAGCGCGUGUCGACGAGCACCGGGUACCGCACGCUCGCUGACGUCACUCUCAGCCCCAUCAACGUGAGGAAUGUGACGCAGGACAGGUCAACCCGCUUCAGCAGUCCCGCAUACAGCGCGUGCUCCACGGACAGCUCGUUCGCGGAGCAGGCGCUGGCGGACGCGAGCGUGCUGCUCGACCGCGAGCCCAACACCGAACACCUGCCGUACAAGCUGUACAAGAUGGCUGGCGAGUAUUGGAACAAAUACCCCAAGACGGACUACACGUACUCCCCCCUGUCACGUGACCGGGUGGAGCUGGCGCCGGGGCAGGUGGCGGUGCCCAACAUGUCGCGCCGCUCCCUCUCGCAGUUCCGCGUGCAGGGGCCCAACACGGUGGACGAGCCCGACAUCCCCUACACGCGCCUGUGGACCACCUCCACCACCAGGAAGCGGAUCACGACGGUGGACAGUUCUGAUGAUGAAGGCACCUACAUUCGUUCACCCUACAAGCAACAGCAGCAGCACUGGUGGAUAACGCAGCUGUUGAUCAGCAUGGUGACAGCAAUCACUACCACCACCAGCAACGCAUAUAGAAACGUGUUUGGACCUCCACAUAGAUAUCCGUAUACGGAGAGGAACCCUAAAAAAGCCGGCAUCGUGUCUGCUACAGCAUCGGCGGUGGCGGCGCCGUUCUACUGGAUGUACACUAUGAUCAAAACUGUCGUCACCACUACCGUCACUACGGUCACGGAAACCUUCACGUCGGACUUAGUAAGCGAGAGCGGGAAGAAACAUCUGGUGGGCGAGCGGCGCUGGUGGCCAUGGGUACUGCUGCUACUGCUGCCGGCCUUUGGAUAUGGAUGUUACACGUACAAGGACUAUUUUGUCGAUCUACCGAUUGACAACUACAAGCCGCCAGAGAUAGUCGUGGACGGAGAUUUGACGAAGCGAGUAGCAGCAUUGGAGAAUUGGGCUCUUAACGUCGAUUCUAAGCUGAAAUCGUUCGAUCAAAAGCUGAACAAAUUCGACGACCUCGAAUCCAAAAUCGAGCAGUACUCGUUCAAGUAUCUCCAGAAUAACCUCCUACAGAUACUCAAUGAAGACAAUACGGACGCAAUGGCGGCAAAACUGAAGGAGCGGUUCGACAAAAUUUACGCAACGAACGAGCAAAUGCAGACCAUUAGUGCGGAGAUGAUACAGAGAUUGAUAGCGACGUGGCAACCCGAAAUGGACGAGGAUAAAAUCAGACAGGUGAUACAAGAAUACCUCCUGAUCAUUGAAAAGAGACAGAUGGAGUUGAUAGUAGAGAAAGUGAGGGAGUACGUGAAAGAAAUAGAAAUACGACCGGUGCAGAGCGGUUCUAUAGACUUGGAGGCGUUGAAAAAGUUGGUAGCGGGCAUGCUGGAGGUAUACGACGCGGAUAAGACAGGACUGGUUGACUACGCUUUGGAGUCUGCAGGUGGUCAAGUUCUAUCAACGAAAUGCACGGAGCUGUACCAGAUCAAGACGAAGCAGUACUCGGUGCUGGGUAUACCGGUACUGUGGUCGUACACCUCGCCCCGCAACGCGCUGACGCCGGGCGCCAUGCCGGCCGAGUGCUGGGCUUUCCAGGGGUUCCCGGGGUAUCUAGUAAUCAAGACAUACGCCAUAAUCGAGGUGACGGGGUUCUCUGUGGAACACAUGUCGCGACUGCUGGCGGUCGACGGCAAGAUUGAGUCCGCGCCCAAGAAUUUCUCCGUUUAUGGUCUGCAAGGUGAAUAUGAUCCCGAUCCACAUCUAUUCGGUUCAUACAUGUACGAUGCGAACGGUACCUCCAUACAGCACUUCCCUGUCCAGUAUCCGAAGACGACCACAAUAGAUGGAGUGGAUUACCCUGUAGCACAUGACAUUAUAGAACUCCGGGUGGAGAGCAACCAUGGUAAUCCGACUUAUACCUGCCUCUAUAGGUUCAGAGUGCACGGAAACCCGGUUAAGAAUAUCCAUACUGUCGGUGAGACGUAACAUGGUACUUACUCAUUCCUAGAUUCUAAUGGACACUGAAACACAAUUUGAAUUUAGAAGCACUGGUGUGUUGUCCUUGUCAUUUUUCAAAGUGGAGACAAAGACGGAUAUUAAGGCGAGACUGCAGUAGUGGAGUGACGCGUUACAGCCUAAUAUUCUUUACAUUAGUUUGUACGGGCCUAACUGCACUACACGACAGGGCACUCGUAGUAUGUGAAUUGUCGCGUCGCUCUGCACUUAGUAACGCCUAGUUCAGUCUCACUUUUAAUUCUCUUCCUUUGGGGGCUAAUUAUUAUAAAUAACAUUUCUGUGUUCACUAAUUAUGUGAAAGUACAAAGUUCUGGAUGUAGCCAAAGAGGACUCGAAAUGGAACGUUUAAAUACGGAAUCUAUGGUACAAAUUGUCUAUGGACAAAGGCUAUGGUGAUGACGGAAUGUAGAUUAAAAAUCGUGUAAGACUUUGGAUUUAAAUUAUUAUAGUUGUAAGUUAUGUUCUAGUUUAAUUAAGUAUACGGGUGGGAAACAUUUGAAGUUAGACUUCUACUUUUGGAACUGGCAAAAAUAUAUGCCAGAGCAAUAUAUAAAGUGUGGUAAGAUCGAUAAUCGGCCUUCAUAUUAUCUAUCUAUUUACAUCCCUAAAAUAUCAUUGAUUGUUUUUAUCACACAUUAUGUAAUUCUUUCUAAUAAAAUAAAAAAAAUCUUGACUAAGCUUAGCGCAGUCCAAAUGCUAAUAAACAGUGCAAGAUUAAAUAUUUUUAUUUAAUCCCCACCUGAUAAGAGUCAUAGGCUCGGAGUAAAAUUUAUAAAUUGUGAAAUCUAAUAUUAUUUGUUUAUAAUUGUUUAACAAAUGCUACAGCCAAACUCGAAUUAUGUUCUAAACUGUAUUGUAUUUUUUUCUA